GAAAAGAUAGAAUGGCGGUCCCUGCUGCUCUUGGCGAACAACCAGGCAUCCAGCCUUGCUUCGGCUGCGCCCAAGCUGCCCAGGAGGCGUUAGCGACGGACGGCAACUGCGCAUGCCGUUCACACUAUGUGCCUGGGCAGGGCUUGGUCGCCGCGUAUCGGUGUGCUUACCACUCCGGCCAGCAAGACGACGGCGCUGAGGAAUGGCAGUGGUACGACGACCCUUACGAGCACCGCGUGGGCUUCGACGUUGGCGAGUACCAGCCGGGCUCGAUGGCCGGAAUUGGGACGUGGGCGACUCGAACGAAAAGACCCGCAAGGAAUUCGACAGGCGCAGGGCCACCGCGGCGAUCAAGGACCCGUGUGCCGCGGAAGCUAACGGGUGGAUGUUGACGAGCGAGCGCUCCAUGCUGCCGGCGUACGUGGUGCUGUUCACGCUCAUCAGCUGCAUGCUGAUCGCCAUCGCCGUGGUCAACAUACUUCCCAGCAAUGAAGAGGACGUCAGCACUACGUCGGUUCCCGUAGUGCCGUUCCUAGUCCGACCGGUAGUGCCCGUGGUGGCCGGCGCAGACACCACCACGACUGACAACAGCUCGUACAGCACGGACGUCUACUAGGCCCGCACGUGCAGCUACCGUGAACUAUGGAAU